GUAUCACGGAUCUAUAUGCGCGUGCACUGCAGUUAUUCGAGCAAUAUAUAUCUCUGAGAAGCCACAACAUGUUUUUGCUGCUCAUCCUGUGUACUUCUUUCCUCGCGGUUCAUGGCUCAGCGCAGGAGCGCAUCGUGGGCGGCGUGGAUGCGUCUCCUGGCGACUUCCCGUACGUGACGUCACUGCACCGCAACGGCGAGCACAACUGCGGCGCCAGCGUGCUGGACUCCUCGUGGCUGCUCACCGUCACCCACUGCGUCAACUUCGACACAGAAAACCUGACAAUCCUGGCUGGUACUGUGGAUCAGACGUCUGGGGGCUCCUUGCAUACGGUCACAAAGGUGGUAAUCAACCCUGACUACAAUCCAAGAGAUGGAUAUGUCAACGACAUCGCACUCAUAAAGGUGGAGCCCGAGCUGGUGAUCGACAACGUGACGGUGGCGGCGGCCAGGCUGCCAGCCAUGGGUCAGGACACGCCGGCCGGCACACCCGCCACCAUCAUGGGCUGGGGGCUGCUCUCGCGGGACGUAGACCUGCUGCCCAACGUUCUGCAGAAGGUCGACACGGUGAUCGUGGACCUGGAGACCUGCCGCGCCGCCUACGCCCCCGGAGACCCCGUAUACGAGAGCCACAUCUGCGAGGAGGUGCCGCAACCGGGCAAGGGCGCCUGCAGCAUGGACUCCGGCAGCCCGAUGGAUGUGGACGGCGAGGUGGUGGGGCUGGCCUCGUGGCAGCAGGGCUGCGGCCUGCAGGGCUACCCCACCGUCUACACCAGGGUCUCCGCCUUCAUCGACUGGAUCGAAGAAAACAAGAAAUGAGUGCACGAAAUCUGACAGGAUUGCUCAUUUCCUACAAUAACAAUCAAGUAGAUAGAGCAACAUGAAUUCCGCUUGUCUCCAUUUCUUUAGCGAUGUGGGCUACUACUUGGUGUAAGAUUUUUCCUGUGGUCCUUCGUAUCAAGGCUUUGUCAAAUUUCUUACAAGUUUCAAAUAUUUUUGUCUGAAAUGAAAUCGAGAUGAAAGCUGAUACGUCAGCUCUAGAAUCCUUCCAGAGUGAUUGACAGCCGCGCGGGGUAGCCGCGUGGAUUGAGGCGUCCUGUUACGGUUCGUGCUGCUCCCCGCGUCGGAGGUUCGACUCCUC